UGGCUGGCGCUGAGAGGAAGAGAAAGGCUGGCGGAGUCAGGUUACAAGAUGGCGGCCGCGCGGGGGUAGCUGCGGAGGCGGCCGCGCUGAGCCGAGCCGGGAGAGCCAGGGGCCGGGCCGGGCCGGGUGCCGUGCGUUCCCCUUUCAGCGACAGGGAGCCAUGGGAAGUGGCGCGCUGCGGGCCCCGCGCCGCCCCUGAGCCGCCCGCUCCCGUCCGCGCGCCCCGGGCCGGAGCGGAGCGGGGCCCGGGCCGCGCCGCGCCAUGUCGGACACCCGGCGGCGGGUGAAGGUGUACACGCUCAACGAGGACCGGCAAUGGGACGACCGCGGCACCGGGCACGUCUCCACUACCUACGUGGAGCGGCUCAAGGGGAUGUCGCUGCUGGUGCGGGCCGAGGCGGACGGUUCGCUACUUUUGGAAUCAAAGAUAAUUCCAAACACCGCAUAUCAGAAACAGCAGGACACCUUGAUUGUUUGGUCAGAAGCAGAGAAUUAUGAUUUAGCUCUGAGCUUUCAAGAAAAAGCUGGCUGUGAUGAAAUUUGGGAAAAAAUCUGCCAGGUUCAAGGUAAGGAUCCUUCAGUGGAAGUCACACAAGACCUUAUUGAUGAGUCAGAAGAAGAACGUUGUGAGGAAAUGCCUGAAACCAGUCCUUUGAUUGACCUUCCUGCUUGUGAACUCAACAAACUGGAAGAGAUUGCUGACUUAGUUACCUCUGUUCUCUCCUCGCCCAUUCGUCGAGAAAAGUUAGCACUGGCCUUGGAAAACGAAGGCUACAUUAAAAAACUAUUGCAGCUUUUUCAAGUUUGCGAGAAUCUAGAGAACACAGAAGGCUUGCAUCAUUUGUAUGAAAUUAUUAGAGGAAUUUUAUUCCUCAAUAAAGCAACUCUAUUUGAGGUGAUGUUUUCUGACGAGUGUAUUAUGGAUGUUGUUGGAUGCCUCGAGUAUGAUCCUUCUUUGGCUCAGCCAAAACGGCACAGGGAGUUCUUGACCAAAACAGCAAAAUUUAAGGAGGUUAUACCUAUAACAGACUCUGAACUACGGCAAAAGAUCCACCAGACUUACAGGGUACAGUACAUACAGGACAUCAUCUUGCCAACGCCAUCAGUUUUUGAAGAGAAUUUUCUUUCUACUCUCACUUCCUUUAUUUUCUUCAACAAAGUUGAGAUAGUCAGUAUGUUGCAGGAAGAUGAAAAGUUUUUGUCUGAAGUUUUUGCACAGUUAACAGAUGAAGCUACAGAUGAUGACAAGCGGUGUGAAUUGGUUAACUUUUUCAAGGAAUUUUGUGCAUUUUCUCAGACAUUACAACCCCAGAACAGAGACGCAUUUUUCAAAACUUUGGCAAAGUUGGGAAUUCUUCCCGCUCUUGAAAUUGUAAUGGGUAUGGACGAUUUGCAAGUUAGAUCUGCUGCUACGGAUAUAUUUUCUUAUCUAGUAGAAUUUAGUCCAUCAAUGGUCAGAGAAUUUGUAAUGCAAGAAGCUCAACAGAGUGAUGACGAUAUCCUUCUCAUCAAUGUAGUCAUUGAACAAAUGAUCUGUGAUACUGAUCCUGAACUUGGAGGUGCUGUUCAGUUAAUGGGGCUCUUACGUACUCUGAUUGAUCCAGAGAAUAUGUUGGCCACAGCUAAUGUAAGAAAAUGCAAAGGGAAAACAGAGAAAAGUGAAUUUCUCAAUUUCUUCUACAACCAUUGUAUGCAUGUUCUUACUGCACCACUUCUGGCUAAUACUUCAGAAGACAAAUGUGAAAAAGAUGCUGUAGUCGGGUCCAACAAAAGUAACGCAAUUUGUCCUGAUAAUUAUCAAACAGCACAGCUACUCGCCUUAAUUUUGGAACUGCUCACCUUUUGUGUGGAACACCAUACGUAUCACAUCAAGAACUAUAUUAUGAACAAAGAUUUGUUAAGAAGAGUGUUGGUCUUGAUGAAUUCAAAACACACGUUUUUGGCCUUAUGUGCUCUUCGUUUCAUGAGGAGGAUAAUUGGCCUAAAGGAUGAAUUUUAUAACCGCUAUAUCACCAAGGGAAACUUGUUUGAGCCAGUCAUAAAUGCUCUUUUGGAUAAUGGAACUAGGUACAAUCUGCUGAACUCCGCUGUAAUUGAGCUGUUUGAAUUCAUUAGAGUGGAAGAUAUCAAGUCACUUAUUGCACAUAUAGUUGAAAACUUUUAUAAUGCACUUGAAUCCAUUGAAUACGUUCAAACGUUCAAGGGACUGAAGACUAAAUAUGAACAAGAAAAAGACAGACAGAAUCAGAAAUUGAACAGUGUUCCAUCUAUAUUGCGGAGCAACAGAUUUCGCAGAGAUGCAAGAGCUUUAGAGGAGGAUGAAGAAAUGUGGUUCAAUGAAGAUGAAGAGGAAGAAGGUGAAGCUGUUGUACCUCCAGUUGAGAAAUCAAAACCAGAGGAUGAUUUUCCAGAUAGUUAUGAAAAAUUUAUGGAAACGAAAAAAGCUAAGGAGAGUGAAGACAAAGAGAACCUCCCAAAAAGGACUUCUGCUGGUGGAUUCAAAUUUACUUUUUCCCACUCUGCCAGUGCAGCUAAUGGAGCAAAUAGUACAAACAGUAAAUCUGUAGCAGCUCAGACGUCACCAACAAACUCUAAUGGCUCUUCAUCAAAGAAUGCAAACUUGACUACAGCAGUAACAGCCACUAAGGGAAGUCUAGUUGGCCUGGUGGAUUAUCCUGAUGAUGAAGAGGAAGAUGAAGAGGAGGAGACAUCUCCAAGGAAAAGACCUCGUCUUGGUUCAUAAAAACCUUGGAAUAAACUUUUAUUGUGGGGUCUCAAAUGCUGCAACUGUUCAAAGAGCUAAAAAGAGUCUGAAUCAGAAAGCUUUCUCCCUUGAAUAUAUAAGAUAAUACAAGGAGUAGCAAAAGAAACUCAGUAUAUCAGCUAGAAAGGUUUAGUUCUAUAAACUCAAGGCUUCCAAGGAACUUAAUAUCUUUCUAGUAAAUAAGGAGUCUGCCAUUCAGGCUGUCAAGAAAAAAAAAAAAAAGGUGGGUUAGUAUUCAGAACCUGGAUGAUGGCUUCUCAACAAGGAAAGUCUCAGGUUUUGGGAGGGUCUGGGGAGGGGAAAUAAGUAUGGUAAACAAUUUUUAAUAUUGCAGGGUUUUCCCCAGUGUGUAACAGCUAGGAAAAAAUGUAAAGCUUCAACUUCAAACCCAGUAAUCUUAAUUUUGUAAUGGUGCUGUCCGUUGUGUUUUAGCAAUUGCCUCUUUUUAAAAUAUGAAGGGAAAAUGAAUUCUAUUUGCAGAAAAAUAAGUCCAGACUUUGGGACCAGUAGUUGCAAAUUCAACCAUGCUUCUGCCCGUGCAAGUAGGACCCUGUAUUAUAGUGCAUGUUGAGUUGUUGGGUUUUUCAGUUCAUGAUUUGAAGCAGAGAAAAAGGAAGCCGGAUUCAAAGUGGACAGUUGUGUUAAUCUGCUUGUUUUUUAAACUAGAUAUCCAGUGAUAUCUAUGCCAAGGAUCAGUAGCUCUCGAGCAAAUACUGAGAAACGGCUAGCACUAAUAAAGUAGUGCUGUAAACUACACGAGUACAGCCAGCACCUCACGUUACGAAAGAUACUGAGUCACGUUCUGCUUUGUUGUAGUGAAGCUGUCUCUCUUCCUUGAGCAGCAAGUGUAUUUUCACAUUUGCGAGUUUAAAUUGUAUAACUGAGGUGGUAAUAAGAAACACUAACCAGUUUUGAGUAGUGUUGAAUUUAGUGGCAUUUAACACCUGAGUCAUUUUGGACCAAGAUGGAAUUAUUACUAAUAGUGCACCAGGCGAUUUGAGGCAGAAUCAACAUGCAGCACCUGAAUCUGGGUGUAAUAUGAAAGCUGUUGUUUUUUUUUUUUAAAGUAAGAAGCACAUUCCAUGUAUGUAAAGCAAAUUGCAACAGAAUAGGUCAAUUGAUGGAGGCAAACAAUUUGAGGUUUUAUUUUCAGAGCAGCAGUGAACUGUAAAUAUUUUAAUGUUAGUGUGCCCAUAUAUGAUCUGAGAUCAUGAAGUGAGAAGAAAUUUCCCAAAUUACAAUUAAUGUAUCAGAGAUGUUAAAAUAUGAAAACAGCUGGAAACCACCACAUAGUUCACUCUUGUAAUACGUGUUAUGGGUCCAUUUCUCCUGGAAUAGUUUAAACUGAAGCAGUUCCCCUGUUUUGGAGAUUUUUGUAGUUAAUUUUAAUUUUAGCUAUUGUUUGGAAAAGAUGGGCUGUCUGUGUAGAUAUGAAGUAUAGUUUUUUCCAUAAAACAGAAGUUUAUUUUGUAUUAAAAAUACCACUGUACUUGUUUUACACCAUUUGUAUACAUGUGGUGAUAUUAAUGCUGAACUGUAAAAUUCAGGAAUUAAAAUGUGACCCUGUAAUUCCAUAAUUAUUGCUUUUGUUUGGUUUGUUGUACAUGGUAAGUCAAAUCCUAAUUUUGAAAGGUGACCAUUUUAGAGUAUACUGUAAUGAGACAUGCAGUUUUUAAACAGUCAGUAUAUACCACUAGUUCAACUACCAGACAGAAUGUGUGAGUUCUGAGCACCCACACGCUGGACACAAAGCAUUCUGAUGGGCGACAGUUAAUGUGCGUGGACCUGGGGGAAAUACAUUGUUGCCCCUUGUGGGCUCCAGGCAACCAAGAAUGGGGCUCCCCCUCCUAUCUAUCUGAAAUAAGAGACCUUAAAAGCUAAGGCAGCGAGGAAGUCAAUCCUUGGCUGGUUCAACCAAAAUUGCAGUGUUGUAACUAGUUGCUCCCUUCCCUGAUCUCCACUUCAGGGUUGUGGCUUUUUGUGACGAGUCUCCCUUUCUCCCCCCCUUAAAGAUAACAGAUUCCUAUAAAUCUAUACUUACCUUUAAUGAAGAAGCUCAAAAGUCAUGCAGUAUGUGCCUUUCCCCUUCAGAGGCUCAAAACAUCAAUCAUCACCUGAUCUGUAACAUUAGUUUAUCAGGUUUUUGGUUUUGUUUUUUUUAAAAAGAAAGAAAGAUGGAUUACCCCAAAAUGUGCUUUCAUUGUUUUUCCUCUAAUUUUCUUUCUGAAAACUUGUCGGGAGCUUUAAGGAUACAUUCAGACCAGCUUUUGAGCUUUUUUUUACAGUAUGUGAAUGUCAUGGAUCUAGUUGCUCUAGAAUAAAACUAUAGGAAAAGACAUUUGAUGUUAUCUUCAGGCUUUGGAUAUUUUUAUCAAACUUUUUAAAACCCUUUUUAUGGGUGACACAUUGUGUUCCCUCUGACUAGCUAAUCUCCAGGAUCACCUGCCUCAGGCAAACCAAGAUUCUUCUCCCUACGAUAUACCAUAUCCUGUAUGGAUUCUGCUAUGGUACAGCCCACAUUCUAAUGCCUGGGGCCCCUCCACUGCAGAUUUUUUUUAAUAUUACAUCUGCCAACAUGUAUCAGUUAUAAAUGCUAUUUUAAUAAAAAGUUACAUGAAAUUUG